AGAAAUUCAUAAAUCUAACUAUCUAAAAGAGUUUAUUAACUGUAUUUUUUGAGGCAAACUUAAAACACUGAAGUUUGUCAAAAUGUUUAGUUCUUGAUUCACUAUGCCCACUGCGCUUUGGAGGCUGGCAGAGUGAUACGCUAUUUCACUUUUUUCAAACUGUACUUUACAGUUACUUCUUUAAACCAAAAGCUUUGUAUUUUUCUUUAACCAGAGAGCCACAAUGGAGGGGUAGAAGAGCAGACGCCGGCUCCAGGAUGGCGUCGUGAAAUGGGCAGCAGUGGCAGGCGGAGCUUCAGGAAUCAAGUUGUUUUACUUCCGGGUAGGAAAAGACUAAUAUUUCAUAAAUAAUUUGUUUUUUAGAUUUCUAAAUGUAAUUUAUGGUCAUAUAUAUGAUUUAGUUUGCUCUGAAAGGCUUAAGAAAAUCAUGGUAUGUCCCCUUUAACAUACAGUUCCUCAGGAUGGCCUCCAGGUGUCAGUGUUGAAGCAUGAUUGGAAAAUAUAGCAUAAAGGUAAAAAGAACAUUCAUACUGCUUAAAACAAACAAAUAAAAAAGCAGUAACUUAAACAAUUAAAAAAAUUGGUAGAAAGAAAAAAAUUAAAUAUAAAAUGUUUUUAUUAUUUUAGAAGUAAAAAAAUAAACGUAAAAAAUGCCCUCAGUUCUGCAAAGGCAUCAUAAAAUAGCUUUUUAUGGUUAUAUUUUUUAAAGAUGUUCAAUUGAAGUCUAAAAAUGUCACUGAACAGGAAGGGCUUAUCAGCAGCAGAGCUCUUGUGUAAAGAAAGUGUCGUUUAUCUGGGUGACAAAAAAAUAUGAUGUUAUUGAAAAAAGUUUUUAAAGUUAAUGUUCAUGCUGACAGAGAGAAAACAGUUAAAACACAAACAAAAGAAAAUCUUACAAUUUAAAAUAUGAAUCGAGAACACCCUGACAUUAGCAGCUCUGGCUUUAACAGGAAGUUUUUUUUUUUGCUUUCUGUUUUCUUUUUUUGCUUUCACUUCUUUCACUCCGACUCAGCCUCAGAGCACUGAAGCUCGACUGGCUCCUUCCCAGCAGAAAAGAUGAACUCGUCCGGCUGUGUUUUCAAGACAUACGAUGGAAUUGAAAACAAGCUGCUGCCUUCUUUUUAUGCCAUCACGCUCAUCAUUGGACUUGUGGAUAAUGCAUGGGGGCUGAAGCUGCUGCUGCAGAAUUGGCAGAAACUGGGAACCAUAAACAUUUUCGUCCUCAACCUCGGACUUGCCAACGUCUUGCACCUGUUCACGCUCCCCUUUUUGAUGGUGUACUACUUUACUGGAAGGAAAUGGAUUUUUGGAGACGUUUUAUGUAAGGUGACGAGACUCUGCUUCAACUUGAACCUGUACUGCAGCAUCGGGUUCCUCACCUGUAUCAGUGUGUACAGGUAUCUGGCCAUCGUCCACACUAUGAGAAUGAAGGGAAGACUAACCGUGACUCGUUCUGUGGUGAUCUCAGUCCUGGUUUGGGUUUUGGUGAGUGUUCAAAGUGCGCCAGACAUCUUUUUUCCAAAAACGUACAAUGGACAAAACAAGUGCUUUCACUCCACAACUUUGCCAAGGACUGAGAAUUACCUCAAAUACAGCCUUGUGUGGACAAUCACUGGAUUUUGUAUCCCGUUACUCAUCACACUGGGCUGCUACGGACAUGUGACUCUUGUUCUGUGUCGCAGGAAUACUAUAGAGAAGACGCUGAGACAAAAGUGUGUGAAAUUUCUUUUUAUCUUGAUUCUACUUUUCUCUGUCUGUUAUAUCCCGUAUCACAUCUUUUGGAACCUAAGUCUCUUCUCUAGAGUUCUGUAUUUUAAACAGACAUUCUGUGUUUGGUGGGAUGAACACGUAUUCACUGGUCAUCAGAUCAGUCGGGGGCUUGUGACUCUGAACAGCGCCCUCAAUCCUCUGGUUUAUCUUCACAUGCCUGAACAAAUUGCAGCUCACAUCCGACAGCUUCCACAACGAGGCUGUAAGAUUUUCAAUAAUUUUUCUGUGUGUAGCAGACGCAAUAUAUCUGUAUCACAGACUGAAGACACUUAGAAUAUAUUUUUUUAUGCUCAGGAACAUCUGAAAUGUCUACUACAUUCUCUGUAUUGAACUGAAUGGUGUCUGUAAAUACAUAUAGUUGUAAAGCUCGACUUUUGUUUAGAAAAGACAUUUUUAACUGGCUUGAAUUUUGUAUUUUUUUUAAAUGAAAUAUAGUAUGUUUAUUUUUGUGAAACCUACAGAUGCUACAACUCUCAAUUUUAGACCAAACCACAUGUUACAUCAUUAAACCACAUUGACAGGAGAGUGAAUUGCUGCAUCUCUGCUGCCGACCAGAAUGUUCAUGUUUAAAGUGUCAAAUGUGUGUUGUACCAAAAUUAA